UCAGAGCUUCGUGCUUUACAAGCAAAAGUCCGGAAAUACAGAAACAAAGGGACCUGCUGUGAAAUCGAAGCAUUUCUUUUCUCAGUAAAUAAUUUGUCCUUACAGAGCAAUAAUGGUGAACUGCUGUGGUCUGUUAACUGCGCGAAAAGAACCAGUUCCUCUAAAGAGCAUCGAGGUGGAGCUGCAGGUGAGGGACCAUGUAGCUACAGUGGUUUCCACUCUGAACUACGAGAACAAGGAGGACAAACCAGUAGAAGCUGUUUUUGUCUUCCCUCUGCCUGGAGAUGCAGCUGUGUGUCAUUUCAGUGCAAAGGUUGGACAGACACAUAUUGUAGCUGAAGUGAAGGAGAAACAGCAGGCUCGAGAGGAGUAUGAUGAUGCUUUGAGCUCUGGUCAGCAGGCCUUCCUGUUGGAGGAGAGUGAUCAGAGUCCAGAUAUAUUCUCUCUGAGUGUGGGCAGUCUGCCUCCAGGAGAGAGCGCCUCCAUCAGGCUGGAGUACGUCACUGAGCUGGCUGUGCAGGCUGAUGAUGGGCUGAGGUUCUGUCUGCCUGCUGUCCUCAAUCCUCGCUACCAACCUCAGGGUAGCGAAGAUGUCAGUGUCCAGGUGACCUCAGUUCCAGCCUCUCUGGUUCCCUACAGUCUGUCCUUUUCUGCCCGAGUCUCCUCUCCUCGUCCAGUCUCUAAAGUAGAGUCCAGUUGUUCCCUGGAGCCUCUUCAGUACCUCAACACUGAUCAGACACAGGCCAUGGUUAAGUUGGCUGCAGGACACAAGUUUGACAGAGAUGUUGAGCUGCUGAUUUAUUACAAAGAUGCCCACCAGCCCACUGCUGUGGUGGAGGCAGGACAGGCCUCUGCAAAGCCUGGAACUCUGAUGGGUGAUCCAGUGGUGAUGGUGAGCUUGUACCCUGAGUUCCCCCAGUCUGUGAUGUCCUCACUCGCCUCAUGUGGGGAGUUUGUGUUCUUAUUGGAUCGAUCGGAAAGUAUGGACUGUUCCAUCAAUAACAGCAAGCAGGAAGAAACUCCCAUUAGCAGUGCAAGGGACACUCUGCUGCUCCUGUUGAAGAGUUUAUCAAUGGGCUGCUACUUCAAUAUCUACAGUUUUGGGUCCAGAUUUGAACACAUCUUCCCUAAAAGUGUAAAGUACAAUGAGAAGAGCAUGAAGAAGGCUCUGAAGAAAGUUGAGGAGAUGCAGGCUGACCUGGGAGGAACAGAGAUCCUUAAGCCCCUCGAACACAUUUACAAGCAGCCCUGCAUUCCCAAGCAGCCCAGACAGGCAAAACCACUUCCAAUCAGGAGUGAGCAGUUCUUUUACUGCCUUCAUUGCUGUCAACAAAGACAGUGGCGAGUCGAUUCAAGGACCUCUGGCACGCAGAAAUAUUCCAACACCAGGGUUUUAUGCACAGAUGUUGUGUAGUUCUGCAGGGAUGGAUUCAGGUCCAGUUCCCAUGAUGGCCUUUGCUGCGGCUCCACCAGUUUUCUAUGAUUCUGCUGAUGUGGUGUAUGAAUCAACAGAACUUUUGGAAACCUAUCAUUUUGCUGACUUGACUGAAAGU